AUGCCUCCUAAGAAAGCUACUGGCGCUACCAAGAAGGUUGCACCUGGUGCUCAUGCAUCCUACCGUGAUAUGAUCAAGGAUGCUGUUGUGAACUUGAAAGAGCGCAACGGUUCCAGUCGUCAAGCCCUGAAGAAGUAUGUGAUUGCCAACAAUCAGAUCACCUUCGCGUCCCAGAGUGCCUUCGAUGCCCAAUUCAACAAGGCCAUCAAAUCUGGCGUUGAGAAGGGCGAGUUCACCCAGCCCAAGGGACCAUCGGGACCUUUGAAGCUGGCGAAGAAAGAGGUCAAGCCUGCAACUAAGCCCGCCGCUAAGCCUGCCGCUAAGGCAGCUACCAAGGCCACUGUCAAGAAAACCACUACCAAGGCUAUCACCACCAAGAAGGCGGCUCCUAAGAAGGUCACUAAGACUGCUACUAAGGCCACUGUCAAGAAGCCUGUCACAAAGAAGGCUGCUGUCAAGCCCAAGGCCAACUCGGGCAAGGCUCGCAAGACCAAGGCUCCUGCUGCCGCCCCUGCUAUUGUUGAACAACCAAAGGUUCUAAGCAAGACCAAGUCUGGUCGGGUCACCAAGACCACUGCGCCGCCACCAGUCAAGGCCGCUGCCAAGAAGCGAGCCACCAAGAAAUAG